AUGUCCAAGAAGUCCAAGAGGAGGAAAUCAAGGAGGCUGUCGUCAUCCUCCUCGUCAAGUGAGGAUGAAAAGACAUCAACCAACAAAACAGGAUCAACAAAGAGGAAACGUUGCUCGGCCGACGAGCUGAAGCAUGUCAAAGUGCAGAAAACCAAAGAUGACACCAGAUCCAGCAAAGAUGAGCGAAGAAAACGUGAAAUUAAAAAGCCUCAAUCCAGCAGCACGACUAUAUCCCCUUAUCAAAUUCUUCCAAACCUUGAUACCUGGACAUCUUCUGAGACUGCCCCUUCGUAUUCGUCAUAUGAUCAGAUGCAGGUGGUAGAGGAGCUGCAGCAGGCGCGCUCUGAAAGGCUGCUACAAGUGGACGUGAUGCAGACCUGUGGGGAACUCACCAGUAUGGAGAUCGACCCGCCGGACUGUAGAGCCACUGAUACUGAAUGUAAAGGACCAUCUCAGCAAGACGUCAUCAUAGUUCUGGACACAAACAUCCUCCUCAGUCACUUAACUUAUGUGAAAGACAUCGUGACUUGUGGUCUAAAAGGUGGAGGUCUUCCAGUCGUGCUCAUCCCCUGGGUGGUGCUUCAGGAGCUGGACUGCCUGAAGAAGAAGCAGGCUCUGGCACAACAGGCUGUAAAGGCCAUCUCCUACAUCAACACCUCCCUGAGAAACAGAGAGAGGCGUGUGUGGGGCCAGUCUAUUCAGCAGGCAACGGAGAGCAGCUUGUCCUCCAAAACCGAGAACAAUGACGACCGCGUUCUCCGGUGCUGUCUGCAGUACCAGCGCCUGCACCAAGGGGUCGCUGUGGUCCUUUGCACGAACGAUAAGAACUUGUGCAGCAAAGCUCUGUUGAGUGGAGUGAAGGCCUUCAGCAAAGAGGACCUAGAGAAUGAGCUGACCAGCUCCAGCCCGUGCUCUUCUCCCCCACAGAACCCUCAGACCUCUACCUCAACAGCCAAAGCCUACCACAGUCAAGAAGUAACAAGCCACUCACUGGAGAAAGAAAGGGACAGGCAAAACAAAAACCUUGAGACUCAGAGGCACCUGAGCGGCCUGGUGCAUGAUCUGAAGAGCUGCCUGCAGAUGGCGUUGUCUGAUGUGUUGGAAGCAGAGAUGAAGGCUGCCUUCAGUGACAUGUGGUUGGAGAUUGUCUACAGAAAGCCUCCGUGGUCUCUGGAUGAUGUGCUGCUCUGUAUGAAAAAGCACUGGAUUGCUGUCUUUGGACAUGUGAUAACUCGGAACAAGCAGCAGAACGUGCUGAACCUCAUUGAAUUCUUCUCCUCAGGUAAAUCUGUGACAAAAAUCUCCAUGUUGGCCGCACUGCAUGAAUCUCAAGACCUCUUAAAUGAAUUUGCAACAAAAUCAAGCCAUGUUGCUGGUGCAAUUUGUGUCGUGAAGAACAUUCUGAACAGCCUUCAAACUCAGGAAGAGAGUUCAGCAGAUGAUAUCGUUAUGAAAGAAGCAGAGGAGGACAAACAAGUUGCACCCUCUCCAUGUAAAGUGUGGACUCACUUUGCCAAUAUUUGGGAUCAUGUCUAUAAAUCAAGUCUGAGAGUGUUUGAAGCUCUGAGCUUUGACCCUUUGGCCUCUGUAAGUGUUCCCCUGGGUAGGCCUCCUCCACCACAGGACGUCUUGCUCUGCCUGGACCACCUCAGGAGCACCGUCACCCAGAUGCUGCAGGCAUUUAGCAGCUUCAUGACCUCCCCUGAUUUAGUAGAAGCCCAGUCUCUCCUCAGUCUUCUCCAAUCCACUCCGGCCGUCAAAGCAGACAAUCUAACAGCCGCUGAUAUUCUUGAUUGCUUCUCACAACAGGAGUACAGGGAGCGUCUGGGAAUGGGAGGAAACCAGUUGAUGGAGAUGAAGUGUGCUCUGGAGCGCUGCCUGGAGCUCAACAGGCCACAGGCGCAGCUAUGA